CAUAAGAGAGACAACAGGGUUUUUCAAGACUGGUCACUUCCUUUUGCUGGUCUUGCCUCAUAGAACUUGGAGUUUUUCCUUUUACCCAAGUUUAGUGCUACAUUCUUCUGUUUGCAAUGGAAAGACAGGUGAUAUAUGCGGAUUUAAACUUAUCCAGGGAUUCCGGCCUUGAAAGCUCGUCAGCUCCUCAGAAUGUUUGUCAGGGUCCACCUUGGCAUAAAUUUGCUCUGAAACUUGGUUGUGCUGGGAUUACUCUUCUGGCCUUGGCUGUGAUUUGGUUGAGUAUUUCAGUGAUAUUCUUACGACAAAAAUUGUCAAUAGAAAAAACCAGCAUGGAUGUUCCAGAGAGCAGGAACGAAACCACAGAAAGACCAGCUCUGCUAAAGUGCCCAACAAAUUGGCAACCAUUCCAAGAAAAAUGCUUGUUUCUUCAUAACUCUUAUAAACACUGGAAUGACAGUCUAGCUGACUGUUCCACAAAAGAAUCCAGUCUGCUGCUUAUUCAAGAUAAUGAAGAAUUGAGACUCAUACAAAAUCUGACAGCUAGUGGAGGAAUUAUAUUUUGGAUUGGACUAAAUUUUUCCUUACCAGAGAAGAACUGGAAGUGGAUAAAUGGCUCCUUUUUAAAUUCUGAGAUGGCAUUUACUUAUUGAAGAGUCUGGGUCACUUUUAUUACAGGAUGUCCUGCAUUAUGGCUUGCUUCAGCGGUGAGAUAGGAGCUCUGAGAACUGUUGGUUAGCUAUUCUUUUUUUUCCUUAAAGUCUUUUAUAAACAGGACUAUCAUACAGUUCGUGUACUGAAAAAAUAAAUAGGUUCAAGUCCUAAUCCAGCCUCCUGAACUCUAUGUUCCUGAGCAAGUAAAUAUCCUGGAAAUGUAGUUUGCUCAUCAAUAAUAAGAACAUUCAAGGCAGUGAUGUUUGCUCUGUGAAGGACUUUGGCCAUAUCUCAUCCAUUUAGAUAUUGCAAUGCUGUCAGUAUCAUUUUGUAUAAAUAAUCUGUGUUUAUUGUUUGAAAUUCUCUUCAGUUCAAGAAUUAUUUAGAGGAGUGAUUUUCUUUCUUCCAACUAUUGAGUUUGGGGUUUAAAAUAUCUUAGUAAUUUCUAAAAUAAUGACAAAAUAUUUAACUCUGG